GCCGGAAUCUUCGGAAUAUGACCAAGCACCAGAAAUUGGAACUUUGAUCUUCAAGCUUUGGGUCAAGCUUCCAAAGCAAAAUAGCAACAGAGUCCGCUUCAAUGCUCCAUCAAUUCUUAAAGAACAAGGAUCAAUAGAAUAGAUCCCUAAACAGGAAAGACAGUAUAUCCUUGUUGUCAGUUCUCGAAUUGUGAAAAAAGAACAACUUAUCAACCCCGCAUUACGCUUAUCUCCAACAUCGUGGAACUAGUCGGCUCUGAUCGGAAGGACAAGCCGACAUGACGGUCCGUGGCCCGAUAUUUCUUGCGUAACAGGUUGUGCAAUAUUGUAAAGCCAGAGCUUGUAGAGUCAAGCAUUUCACUGCUCAUGUCAUAACACUCGAGCCAAGCAAGGUACGCGAAGGAAUCGGUUAAAGAGGAAAGUCAUAAUUUUGACUCAAAGCCGUUCAAAUAGAGACCAAGAGUAGUUAAUAAGAAGGAUGGGAUAACCAAGCUAUAGGAAUACUAAUGUGCCAUCAAACAUAUUUGGUAUGAAAAGUCGUCAUGUAAGUUCGAAGCGGAUAUGGUCGGCCUAAGGUGUAGGUUAGGUCCAUUGUCGCGGCCUGAUCUUGCAACUUGCUUGUGUAAGAGUACCAGCAACACUUAUAGGCUGGGUAGAGCUAGGAGAUGCGAGAGUAUUGUCUUGUAUGUAGAACGAACCGGAAUAGAAGCUAUUCGAAGGAGCAAUACAGUGUUCCUGUGACAGUUUAUCCAAUGUGCGGGGCGACCUGGGAGUUCGCCAGUCUAUAAGCCACUUUAUAGUCACCUUCCAAUUACGAUAUUCCCUGUAUAGAAGCUACUAUAUCAUGCCACUGUCCUCUCCAAAAGAAAAUCUUAUCUGUGUUCUUAUCUGACCAGACCAUCCAGGUACCCUAGACAACCCCGACAUCGGUCACUUGCGUCAUUCCGCACUUCUCCACCAAUAUCCGAGCUCAAUUGAACCAAGCUCCCUUCUAUUCCCCAACCUCCACUCCAAAACUUUAAGCUACACAAACCCGUUUUGUUUCCCUACGAUGCGUGUCGCAACAGUUGCCAGUUUUCUGGCCUCGGCCUCUUUGGCCACUGCAUUCGAUUGGCAGCAGGUUCUUGGAGAUUGGGACCAACAGCCUUCCUCCGACGCCAUUGCCAGCAACGACGAUGCGCCUUCGUACCGAUCCGAGCUACUGAGCUUGCACAAGUCUCUUAUUGAGACCUCCUCGGUUUCUGGGACUGAACAUGAUGUUGGUGUUUGGCUUGAGGGAUAUCUUGAGAAGAAGGGAUAUACUACUUCGCGUCAGGAAGUUGAGCCUUUUGAGAAUACGCCGGAAGGAAAGCCGAGGUUCAAUGUGCUGGCUUGGCGACAAGACGGAAAGAAGACUUUCGAUCCCAAGGUCUGCGUGAGCAGCCACAUUGAUGUUGUGCCGCCGCACAUCCCAUAUGGAAUUGAUGAUGGGGAGGUUACAAAAGAGACCAUGAUCACCGGCCGAGGCAGCGUGGACGCCAAGGGUAGCGUUGCUGCUCAAAUCACUGCAGUUGAGGAUCUUAUCGAGCACGGAAAGAUCGAUCCCCAUAAGCUUGUCCUUCUGUUCGUUGUAGGCGAGGAGGUCAAGGGCGACGGCAUGCGCCGUUUCAGCGAGGCGGUUGAGACCAAGGAGCUCCCGUACAGUCUCGACGCUGUUAUUUUCGGAGAGCCUACCGAGCUCAAGCUUGCUUGCGGACACAAGGGCAUGUUGGGUUGCGACGUUACCACAAAGGGCUUCCCCGGCCACAGUGGUUACCCAUGGCUCGGCAAGUCAGCCAACGAGCUGAUGAUUCGAGCAUUUGCUAAAGUCCUCGACACCGACCUUGGUAGCAGUGAGCUGUUUGGUAACACCACUGUCAACAUUGGUCGAUUCCAUGGCGGUGUGGCCUCUAACGUCAUUCCUGAGGAGGCCAAGGUCGGACUGGCUGUCCGAGUCGCGAGCGGAAAGCAGGCUGAUGGACAUGUUGUUGUCCAUGACAAAAUCCAGGCCAUCUUUGACGAGGUUGACAAGGAUGCUUUCAUUUUCGACUGCACCCACGGGUACGGACCUGUGGAGGCAAACUGCGAUGUAGAUGGCUUCGAGAAAAUCACCGUCAACUACGGAACCGACAUUCCCAACCUCAAGGGUGACCACACGAGGUAUCUGUAUGGCCCAGGAAACAUUCUUGUUGCACAUGGCGCGAGGGAGAACUUGACCGUUGCUGAUCUUGAAACUGCCGUUGAAGGAUACCAAAAGCUGAUUCUUCAUGCGUUGAAGCAAUAAAUAGAAGCCCAAUUUUCCGCUGCUCUAGUCUAAUGUUGGAUAUGAUAGCCCGCUCAAAUGAAAUGACAUUGUAAAGCUGGUUUAUGCACCAGUAAUCUUGGCCCAGCGCUCAGGCAGGAUCUUGCUGAAGUCAAAGUUACCAUCAGGUCCCUUCUCAAUGGCGCCCUUCUCUGUGACCACGGCGUCGAUGAGCUCGGCGGGAGUGACAUCGAAGGCAGGGUUCCACACGUUGAUCCGCUGGUCAGCGGUAGCAACACGGACCUUGCUGCUCUCAUCAACGGUACCAUCGGGCUUGAUCACAGCUCCUGUGACCUGUGUAAGCUCCUCCUUCUUUCUCUCCUCAAUCUUGAUACCAUCGCCAGUCUCGGUCUCAAGGUCGAUGCUGGUUGUAGGAGCAGCGACGAUGAACUUGAUACCGUGGUGCUUGGCCAGAACAGCGAGUUGGUAAGUACCAAUCUUGUUAGCUGUGUCACCGUUGCGAACGACACGGUCAGCACCGACAAUGACAGCGGCAAUGUUCUUUUCUUGCUUGCGGUUGCGGAAGAGUGAAGCAGCCAUGGAGUCGGUAAUGAGAGUGCUGGGAAUGUUCUCGAAGACAAGCUCAAAAGCAGUGAGUCUGCUUCCUUGGUUGUAAGGUCGAGUCUCUGUGCAGAAGGCAUGUUGGAGAAGAUCCUUGGACUGAAGAGUUCGGAUUAUUCCCAACGCAGUGCCAUGGCCAGAUGUAGCAAGGGAUCCAGUGUUGCAGUGUGUGAGGACCGAGAUCUUCUUGUCAGGAGAAGCACCAGCUUGGGCUCGCAGCCACUCAGCUCCAUGAUCACCGAUAGAGAGGUUGGUCUGGAGAUCCUUCUCAAAGAUCUUCUCAGCCUCUUCGACGAAAGCUGUGAUAACCUGUUCCUUGGUGGCAGUGCUUCCAACCGCCCUUAUUGUGGACUUGAGCUGGUUAAUAGCGUUGGUCAAGUCGACAGCUGUAGGUCGGCUUUCUUUGAGAUAGUCGAGAGCUUCCUCGAUUUGAGAAAUGGUAUCUUCAGCGUUUGAAGCUGUGAUGCUUCCAUUGUGGAGCUCAACAGCCAGUCCGAGGGCUGCUACGAUGGCAAUAGCAGGGGCACCUCGCACUCGCAUAGUUGCGAUGCUGUCGAAGGCCUCUGUUCUGUUGGAGACAUCAUCGUAGUGAAAUUCGUGAGGAAGACGGAGUUGGUCGAGGACCUGGAGUUGGCCCCGAGUGUACUUGACAGCCUUAAGAGAAGACAUGAUUAGGCUCAAGCUUUGGAGUAAAACGGCUUGAAAUGAGAGAAAACGAAGAAGUUUAACACGCUUAUUAGUCGCAAUUCCUUGACAAAAUGUUGCCCCUCCAAGAUUCUGCCGCCACCCCGCCGUCAAAAUGAAAAUAGCGU